UUGCCUCUUCGUCAUCGUAACCUUAGAGGACUCGGGCCGUCUCAGCAAGCUACAUCAAACUCUUUGUCUGGCAAUCUCCAGAAACACACAUCACCCGUGAUUUUUCUUCGAGAUUUCAGGAGGAAGCGAUCGCCAAAUAGCCAAAAUGCGUGAAUGUAUCUCAGUCCAUGUGGGCCAGGCCGGAGUCCAGAUGGGCAAUGCCUGCUGGGAGCUGUACUGCCUGGAGCACGGCAUCCAGCCUGAUGGUCAGAUGCCAAGUGAUAAGGCGGUUGGUUCGAGUGACGACUCCUUCAACACCUUCUUCAGCGAGACCAGCGCCGGCAAGCACGUGCCACGGGCUGUGUUGAUGGACCUGGAGCCGACGGUUGUAGAUGAGGUUCGUAGGGGCCCCUACCGUCAGCUCUUCCACCCUGAGCAGCUGAUCACAGGCAAGGAGGAUGCUGCCAACAACUACGCCAGGGGCCACUACACUGUGGGAAAAACGGUCAUCGACUUGGUUCUGGAUAGAAUCAGGAAGCUUGCCGACCAAUGUACCGGUCUUCAAGGCUUCCUCAUCUUCCACAGCUUCGGUGGAGGCACCGGCUCUGGUUUUGCUUCGCUUCUCAUGGAGCGUCUCUCCGUCGACUACGGCAAGAAGUCCAAGCUGGAGUUCGCCAUCUACCCGGCCCCACAGAUCUCCACAGCCGUUGUGGAGCCCUACAAUUCUGUUUUGACCACGCACACCACCCUGGAGCACUCCGAUUGUGCGUUCAUGGUCGACAACGAGGCCAUCUACGACAUCUGUCGUCGCAACCUCGACAUCGAGCGUCCGACCUACACCAACCUCAACCGUCUGAUCGGUCAGAUUGUGUCCUCCAUCACUGCUUCACUUCGCUUCGAUGGUGCUCUCAACGUUGAUCUGACCGAGUUCCAGACCAACUUGGUGCCCUACCCCAGGAUCCACUUUCCACUUGUUACCUAUGCACCUGUUAUCUCUGCUGAGAAGGCCUACCAUGAGCAGCUCAGUGUCUCAGAGAUCACCAACGCCUGCUUCGAGCCUGACAACCAGAUGGUGAAGUGCGAUCCUCGUCACGGCAAGUACAUGGCCUGCUGCAUGCUCUAUCGAGGUGAUGUAGUCCCCAAAGAUGUCAAUUCCGCCAUCGCAGCCAUCAAGACCAAGCGAAACAUCCAGUUCGUCGAUUGGUGUCCAACUGGUUUCAAGGUGGGCAUCAACUACCAGCCACCCACCGUCGUGCCUGGCGGUGAUCUGGCCAAGGUGCAGCGUGCCGUCUGCAUGCUGAGCAACACUACGGCCAUCGCCGAGGCCUGGGGUCGUCUGGAUCACAAGUUUGAUCUGAUGUACGCCAAGCGUGCCUUCGUCCACUGGUACGUGGGAGAGGGCAUGGAGGAGGGUGAGUUCUCUGAGGCUCGUGAGGAUCUGGCUGCCCUGGAGAAGGAUUACGAGGAGGUCGGUGUCGACUCAGCCGCCCAAGCAGAGGAAGAAGACGCAGGGGGCGAGUUUUAGCGAGAUGUAUAAGGAUACGUAAAGAAAUGGCCAAAAUACAGAAAGAACAACUUCAAUUUCGAACUCUAUAGCGUAUCUCUUACUUUCUCGUCCUCAACCUCGUGCCUCAUUGUGCAAAUAUAAGGCAAGCGUCUUGUUAUGUUUUAAAAACAGUAAUGUGUGUAACAUUAAAACAGAACAGUAACUUAACUAAGGGAAAACGAAAACAAAAUGGCUUAAUUACCGAUCUGAAGGCUGAUAAAAACGAAGCCAUGAAGGUAGUCGUACCGUAUACUGCAUGCAGUGUGUUUAUACCGUUAUCUCUAUGUAUUAAAGUAUUCUGGCAUUUUUUUCUAACACUUGUCUAACGAACGCUUUGAAUGCGACUGUUUGUUAUUUUGUUUUAUCCGUCCGGACCAUUAUGUCCAAUACUUUUAUGGUGACUGAACUCUGAAUGUCGCGCGAUACUUGUUCAGAAAUUGGUGAAACCACAUAUUUAUCUUUUAUUAGCAAAAAUCACUUUCAAGUAAAAGACGAAACCUUCGAUACGGGAAAAAUUGUGAUCACAAAUGUUCUUUUUGUUUCAUGCUCUCAGUACUGUUUAUAAAGCGUUUAUUAUGGUCAAUUUACUACUUUCAUAAAUGGUCUUCCUUGAAGUGAAGGAUCUGAAACAAAAAAAAGUACUUGUUUGGUGAUUUUUAAAAAAAUUAUUACCUGGCAAAAUUAACAGAAGCCUCGUAUGGCCGUUGGGUUCAAAAUUGUUGUUACGUACACUGGGACCCAGAAACAAGCAUUAAAUGCAUUAAACAGUUAGGCCUACCAUCCUGCCAAAAGUCAGCCGCCAUACUUCGGAAUUCCAAAUCAACUAAUCGACAUAACAACACCGUAAACUAAGACUUUGCUGAAAUCUUUUUAUGCAGAUAUUAACGUUGUAAUAUUGUAUUAUAUUAAUUUACACCGCCAUUUUUGUUAGCGUGUGUGUUGAAUAGCAGUUUCAUUGUGAUCAAUGUGCUGAAUACGUAAAUUACGCAAAUAAACCAGAACUGAAUGUAA